UUGAAUAGCAGAGCUGGCGAGCGCUCUCCGCUGCAACGUAAAUAGUCCUAUUUAUGCCAAGCUCCCAUAUUGUAAAUAUCACGAUGUAUAGCUGGCCAACCCAUGAGUCAUCUCCCAAAACUCCAACUUAAUAAAUGGUGCCUCAUCCAUGUUCCAGACAAACACCGUCCGAGUGGCUCCCACCGCCCGGCACACACAGGGCCAGCACUGGCCACCCAGCAUGCCCACCAGCCCAACGGAGCCGGAGGGACAGCGGAGCCACCCAGCCCCUCCAUCACGACCCUUCCACAAUGGACAGGCAUCCCUGGACCAGCCUGCUCCAGGACGAGCCGGUUUUUGGCCUGACACCUGGCCCUCGCCCCUGCCCAACCCAGUUCUCUGGCACUUCCCAGGGUGUCCAUGCAGCGGGCGGGUGGGAGCAGGCAGGAAUGGCUGGAAUGGUUGGGGAGCAGGAGAACGAGUCUCCCCUUGCACAGACCCCAUCGUGGGGCUCCCACCCAGCGCCGUCCCCGCACACCCAGCCCUGGAGCUCCCCACCUGCCGCCUCACACUGCUUUGUCUGAGCACCGUGGACCUCGGCGGGGAGCUCGGCUCCUCCUGGGGACGCCGAGAACGCCACGGCGCCAACGGGGAGCCGGCCACCAGCUCCAGAACGCCGGGACCUGAGGAGGGGCAACCAGCGGCUCCCUCUCCCCUUCAAGUCUCUCCUCCGGCAUUUCUGAGCCCUCUACAUGAGGGAUUCCUGUGCGUACCAACCCCGAGCUCCCUGGUACCAGAUGAAACGGAGAGGAGGAAAGUCAGAGGAUGGCCCUGGGCAGCUGAGCAUCGUCCUGCACUGGGACCCCCAGGAACGAGGCAGAGCCACAGAAAAGCUCCAAGCGAGGAUUUAAUCUCUGCGGGGAGGGGCUGCAGUGAGGAUCGGGGAUCAAGGGGUGGAAGCAGGUGGAUAAAGAUGUAUCUCUGGAUCAGGACAGAUCUCAGGAGCAGGGAUGGAAGAGCUGGGAGAAAGGUUCCAGCACCAGGACCCUCACUGCCAUCCAGCAUGGGAUAGCACUUGGUGCUGGCUGAGCAAGGUCACCAGGGGAUGGAAUAACACAGGACUGGCAACAAGCCAGCAUGUCUCACAGCACUGGAGUUUAUCUUUAACAACAACAACGGCAGCAGCCCCACUUUGCUGGAAAAUACCUGCCUAGUGCUGGGAUCCUGCAUCCUCAGACAGAGCCAGGCAUCCUGCGGGAGCUGAGCCGUGUUAUCUGCCCGAGGGGGAUUACGCUGUGAAAACGGCUCGUUGGGGAUUGUAUAUUAACAGGAUAUGCUCGGCUGGUUGACAGGAAGCA